CAUUUGUUUAGUUCUCAAAGCCUCCCAAAACCCUAGCUCCUGCUCUCUGCUUUGGAGGCGCUUCUGCAGAUCUCUGCGGCCUUGUUUAGUGAAGAUGGUGAGAGUUAGUGUCCUGAAUGAUGCUCUCAAGAGCAUGUACAAUGCAGAGAAGCGUGGGAAGCGACAGGUGAUGAUCAGACCUUCCUCAAAAGUGAUCGUCAAAUUUCUCCUGGUUAUGCAGAAGCAUGGUUACAUUGGAGAGUUUGAGUAUGUUGACGAUCACAGGUCUGGAAAGAUUGUUGUUGAACUGAAUGGAAGACUAAACAAAUGUGGGGUUAUCAGUCCCCGUUUUGAUGUGGGCGUCAAAGAUAUUGAGCCAUGGACUGCUAGGCUGCUCCCCUCAAGACAGUUUGGAUACAUUGUGCUGACUACUUCGGCUGGCAUCAUGGAUCAUGAGGAGGCUAGGAGAAAGAAUGUUGGUGGCAAAGUGCUUGGUUUCUUCUACUAGGGUGAUUUUAUCCCAAGAAUGGAUCUGAAUUUUUCUAUUAAUGAAGAAUUUUGGUGUAUUUUGGAACUUGAUUUUGCCAUAGAGUUAGUUCUAUGUUUGCUUGAAUUCCUGUUUUGUUUUGAACGUGAGUGGAGGUAGUUACCAACAUUUUUAAAGACAGUAAUGUUAGUUGCCGUGUUUACCCUUUACCUAAAGAUGGUUACAAUUUGUUUUUUUGCAAGACUGCACAUUUGGCAAUCAUUUCAAUUUAAAUUA